AUGAGAUCCAUCAAGCGGAUACACCCGACGAGCGACGAGACUCCGCCGUGGGCAGGCAUGGCUUUCACUCAGCCACUCGAUUCUGAUGCUCUACACGAACUUCUGAAAAGCCAAUAUCCACAAUGUACCAGUAUGCGCCAGCGGAAGCAUUUGGCCGCCAUAGACUUUUUGAACCGCGAACUUGAGUCGAUGCAGAACGAAGCUAUGCUUCUUCAAGCGUCCCAUCCGGGUCCCGAGGAACUGGACGUGUGCAAGCAUCAAAGAAGCCUUUCGCCUUCCCUGUCACAUAGCAAUUCGUAUAGGUCGCCGGCACUUGUGGAGCAUCAUCCACAGCAAUCUCCUACCAUCACCAAGAUUGCAACUGGUCAGCAACAUGUGUUCAGUAUUGUGGAUGGGGGCCUUGCGGUUCAGCCGAAGAAGAAGCGCAAGAUGACACCCGCAGAACGAUCUGCCUAUAAGACUACAAGAAAAAUCGGUGCUUGUGAUAAGUGCAAGCGCCAGAAGGGCAAGUGCACUCACGUCAUUGCAACCCUCAUGCCUGUAGGAAAGACCUUGCGGGAUGACGACAUUACCUUGCAAAGGUCAGUAGUGAUGUUGAAUGUCAGUAAUCAGCUAUCAUAA